ACACACACAUACACACAAACUUCCCCUCACCUGCCCCCCCCCCCUCCCCUCUCCCUCCCUCCUUUUUUAUUGUUUUUUUUCCACACUAUAAAAAUCUCACAUAAUCCUUUUUUUCUUUAACUUCUUUCCCUUUUGUUUUAAUUUUCAAAUCUAUACAAAAAAAAAAUGGUUAAAAUUUUGAUUUUACUCUCUGCUUUGGCUCUUGCUGUUAAGGCCCAAGUACAAUCCCCCACUUAUCAGUUCAACGUCACCUCUCCCAGCCCUAAUUCUCCAUAUGUUGCAAGUCAAAUUCUUCCUUGUAUUUAUGACAUUGCCAGUAACACGACUUCUGAUAAUCUUCAAUUAUCUAUUAGUUUGGUUGGAACCAAUAGUACAACCCCAAUGAUAAUGAGCGCUGAUAUCACUCAAGGGUUUAGUUUCCAAAAGCAAGUGGGUGGUGCCAUUGUUUUUGAACAUCAACUGAACUUUAACCUUCCUACCAAUACAACCGCCGGCCCUUAUCAAGUUGUGUUCUUCGAUAAUGUUUCUCAAACAAAUGUCAGCAUUCCUAUUACAAUCUCUGCGGCUCCUGCUCCUACAAUCUCCUCCCUUCCUUCUGGUUCAGUAACUGCUGCACCUACCACUUCUGCACCCGCCAAUAUCUUCGACAAAGGUAACUCAGCUAACGCUGGUUCUGAAAUUUCAAAACUCCUCCUCGCGGCCUCUCUCAUUCUUGCCUUUGUACACUUGUAAUAAAACCAAAUGAUAAUAAUUUAAUAUCUUAAUAUACUACUUAUAACAAACUUCAUGUAAUAAAAAAAAACUAAAAAAAAAAAAAGAAUAAUAAUAA